AUGGAAAACAACAGCACAGCAGUGACAGAAUUUAUCCUCCUGGGGCUUUCUCAGAAUCCAAGAGUACAGUCUGUUCUCUUCUUCCUAUUCCUUACUGUCUACAGCACAACAUGGAUUGGAAACCUCACCAUUAUAAUCAGCGUUAUCAGAACACCCAACCUUCACACACCCAUGUAUUUUCUAUUAGCCAACCUGGCUGUCAUAGACAUCAGUGAGUCAUCAGUCACAUCACUGAAAAUGUUGUGGGACCUAUUCUUCCAUACAAAUACCAUUUCUUACAAUUGGUGCAUUGCACAGAUCUUCUUCAUCCAUUUAACUGGGGGUGCUGUGGUCUUCUUACUUGUGGCGAUGGCAGUAGACCGGUACAUAGCCAUCUACAAGCCACUGCGAUAUUUAGUUAUAAUGAACAGAGAAGUUUGCAUAGGUUUGAUAGCUGGGUCAUGGUUGGGUGGCUUUGCUCAUUCCAUCGUCCAGAUUGGAAUUAUCAUUCAGCUGCCUUUCUGCCAAUCCAACAUCCUGGAUAAUUUCUUCUGUGACAUUCCACAGCUCAUCAAACUGGCAUGUGCUGAUACGUAUAUCCCAGAGUUGCUGAUGGUUUGCAACAGUGGACUGCUCCUCACAUUGAUCUUCUUCAUCUUGCUUGUGUCAUACACUGUCAUCUUGGUGAAGAUUAGAGCACAUGUCACAGAAGGGAAGCACAAAGCUCUUUCUACCUGUGCAGCACAAAUCAUGGUCAUGAGCUUAAACUUUGUUCCAGGAAUGUUUGUUUAUGACCGGCCUUUCAAGGUAUUUCCAGGAGACAAGGUUGCCUCAGUCCUCUACAGCCUUUUAACACCAAUGCUGAACUCAAUGAUCUUUACUCUGCGUAACACUGAGAUGAAAAACACAAUUAGAAAGCUCACAAGAAAUUUUCUGCUUUCUGAAAGGACAAAACCAUCACUGUGUGUUCAUGAAAGAGAGACAUAG